AUGAUUAAAUCCUCUCCAAUAUCAAUAAUACAUCUAACACUAUGCAUUACAGAAUGUCAAAAUCAACUGUUAAACACCUCGAGGUAUGAUCUAAUGAAUUCAUCGGAGGGCAAUAUGUCUAUGAUUAAUGGUAUCCUUAUGGGUGUUGGAUUUUUUAUUGGUAUUGUAAGUCUUCUAACCUUGAUAAUUUGGUGUUUUAAGCCUAGACGUCUGGAGAAUACUAAGACAGUGUUUGAAAUUAUACAUCCUGAACAAGAUGAAGCUAAAAUAUGGUCAUCGAAUUUCACUAUGGAGGAAAUUCAAAAAGGCGUAACACCAAACCAGCUGGAAAGUAUUCAUAACAUAGAAUAUGCUACCAGUAGUAGUAGGAAUAAUUCUGCUGUAGACGCUGAUGACCACUGUUCACUUGAUAGAGAGGAACAUAGUUCUCACGAUAAUUCGGUCGGCACCACUAUUCAACAUUAA